UCACACCCUGCCCACGACCCAUCCUUCCUGUCUCUUAACAUCAUGUCCAAGUUUGUUCCCCAGAGCUCCGAUCAGACGUCCAUCGCCACCAUCCGGACGCUUGCCGCUGAUGUUGUGGGCAAGGCGAACUCCGGCCAUCCAGGUGCGCCCAUGGGCAUGGCACCUGUGACCCAGGUCCUCUUCACCCGGUUCUUCAAUGCGAACCCGAAGAGUUCCAAGUGGUUUAACCGUGAUCGAUUCGUCCUUUCCAACGGUCAUGCUUGCGCACUUCAGUAUAUCACCCUCCAUCUCCUGGGAUAUAAACUUUCCAUGGAUGACCUCAAGCAAUUCCGUCAACUUGACUCCUUGACUCCCGGUCACCCCGAAGCAGGUCACACCGAUGGUAUCGAGGUUACCACUGGUCCUCUCGGCCAAGGUAUCUCCAACGCCGUCGGCCUGGCUAUGGCUCAGGCGCACCUCGGAGCCGUUUACAACCGCGACGGGUUUUCUCUUGUCGACAACUAUACCUAUGCUUUCCUCGGUGAUGGUUGUUUGAUGGAGGGUGUCUCCAGCGAAGCAUCCAGUCUUGCAGGCCACCUUCAGCUCGGUAACCUCAUCGCCAUCUACGAUGACAACCACAUCUCCAUCGAUGGCGACACUGCCGUUGCAUUCACUGAGAACGUCGAGCAGCGUUAUCUUGCCUACGGCUGGCAAGUUCUCCACGUUGCUGACGGUGACCAUGACUUGGAGGCUAUCUACAACGCCAUUGCAGCUGCUCGUGCGGAGAAGAACAAGCCUACGCUCAUCCGUCUCACGACCACGAUCGGCUAUGGCUCUAAGCAGCAGGGCACUCACGGUGUCCACGGUGCUCCCCUCAAGGCUGAUGACCUCGCAAGCCUCAAGACUGCCGUUGGCUUUGAUCCCAACACCUCCUUCUACGUCCCCCAGGAGGUCUACUCAACCUGGGCUGAGGUUGGGAAGCGAGGUGCCGAGCUCGAAUCCAAGUGGAAUGCCCUUCUGACCUCCUACAAGCAAAAGUACCCUUCCGAGCACGCUGAACUUAGCCGUCGUAUCGCCGGCGAGCUCCCCGCGGGCUGGGAAUCCAAACUCCCCACUUACAAGUCCACUGAUGCCGCCCAAGCUUCUCGCAAACUCUCCGAAAUCGUCCUCACUGCCAUCACCCCCUUCAUCCCUGACUUGUUCGGUGGUUCUGCUGAUCUUACGGGUAGCAACUUGACCAGGACGAAGACCAUGAUCGAUUUCCAGCCCGAGAACACUGGCCUUGGUUCGUACAAGGGCACAUACGUUCGUUAUGGUGUCCGUGAACACGGUAUGGCAGCCAUUGCCAACGGUAUCGCCGCCUACGGCGGUAUCGUCCCCUUCGUUGCCACCUUCUUGAACUUCGUCUCUUACGCCGCCGGUGCCGUCCGUCUCUCCGCAUUGACGGGCCACCAAGUCAUCUGGGUCGCCACUCACGAUUCCAUCGGUCUCGGCGAGGAUGGUCCCACUCACCAGCCUAUCGAAACCGCCAUUCACCUCCGUGCCAUUCCCAACCUCGCGUUCUGGCGCCCGGCAGACGGUAACGAGACCUCCGCUGCCUACCUCGUCGCACUCCAGUCGAAGCACACGCCCUCCGUGUUGUCGCUCUCCCGCCAGAACCUGCCCAACCUCGAGGCCUCGAGCAUCGAGAAGGCCGCCAAGGGUGGUUAUGUUGUGCAUGAGGUUGAGCAGGAGGACCUGACGAUCGUGUCGACCGGAAGUGAGGUCAGCAUUGCGUUGGAGGCAGCGGCCAAGUUGAACGAGCAGGGGAUCAAGACCAGGGUCGUUUCUCUGCCGUGUUGGUUGACCUUCGACCAGCAGCCAGAGGAGUACAGGUUGAGCGUGUUGAGGAGUGGUGCUCCCAUCCUCUCGCUCGAGGCUCUUUCGACUGCUGGUUGGGCCAAGUACAGCCACGAGCAGUACGGCUUGCCCGCCUGGGGUGCCUCGGGCCCCUACAAGAAGGUCUACGAGAAGUUCGGUAUCACUGGCGACAACAUCGCCGUUUACGGCAAGAAGGUCGUCGACUUCUACAAGAAGAAGGGUGGCGAGGUCGUUUCUCCCCUCGUCAAGGCCUUCUAUCUCUAAACCAUUCACUUUCGGGCCCCUUCGAAAGGCUUUGUAUCCGGGUUGAUCGCCAAUUUCUUGCAUAUGUGACACGAUAGAGUAAAGAAUAGAAGUAGAUGUAGGAACGUUUAGUGUUUGUAAUAUGCAGAUGUUUACGAAUGGCAUAACUACAAACAAAGGCGCCAGAUAGAGUGCGUCCUUGGAG